AGAGCCUUUCGUUUGCGAACUAUCAUAAGUGCUUGCGCGCCGCUUACGUGCACACAGUCCACUUCAUGCAGUUAGUCAUUUUUGGAGAGGUGUGCUCAUCCUGUGUUGCGGAAGGGAGUCUUUGACAGAUAGAGAAUCAAGAGUAAUAAAUAUUUCACACGUUGCCUGUUUACCCUCAACAUGGACCAAAAAGACACCGAAAUGAAUGAGAAGGGAGUUACUUCUUCGACCAGUGGAGUUGUGGUCCAAGUAAGAGAGAAGAAAGGACCUUUGCGUGCAGCUAUUCCAUACAUGCCAUUCCCAGUAGCUGUAUUAUGCCUAUUUCUCAACACAUUUGUACCUGGUUUAGGUACGUUCGUGUCUGCCUUCACGGUGCUGUGCGGAGCGCGGACAGACCUGCCUGACCGCCACAUGUGCUGUGUGUUUUGGCUGAACAUCGCGGCAGCCUUCAUCCAGAUCCUCACAGCCAUCAUCAUGGUGGGCUGGAUCAUGAGUAUUUUCUGGGGCAUGGACAUGGUCAUCCUGGCAAGCUAUAGGGAUCAGAGGGUUCCCCAGCAGGUUUAAGGCUGGCCCAGCCCAACUCAACGUGAAGCCUUGAUGUACAGUUGUCUCCUAUCGCAACAUCCCCCUGGGGGAGAGCCAAGGCAGGAUGAUAUUCACAGGCUUAACCCCACCCUACCUACUGUACCAUAUCGCUUACUGCUACUACUGCAGCUGCAGCUCCACUUCACAGCUCAGUGGCAGAAUGAGGAGCACGUCAACAUUGAUGGAGAGGUGUUUUCUACAUGUGCCCAAAGUGUCCUGUGAAGAAAAUAACAGAAUGAAUUAUGAAUAUGUGCCAACUGUAUGUACAGUACUAUACCGUGUGCUAAGGACUAUCCAUCCUGUCUGGGGCACUAAUUCAGUGUUCAGGGGUCUUUAUGAAAAAAAUGAAAUGUGCAGUUUAUUCCUCUGUAUGUUAUCAGCUGUUCAACCACACUCUUAUUAUGACUAGUAGACUUCAGUAGACUGAAGAUGGUAUCAGUGCCUGUCAAGUCCGCCAGGAUUGUAUAGUAUGUGAUGUUAUUAAUGGUCCAAUGCCGCCGUUUUUAUCUCAAUAUCAAUCAUUUCUUGGUAACAAUUAAGUACCUUACUGUAAUAGUUUUCCAUUAAAAUGGUCAAAAAGAACAAAAAGGGCUUCUUAGCGAAGGGCAAUUACUCAAGCAAGAAUUCCACUAGGGCUGUCUGGGAGUGGUUUGAGUAGGGAGGGGAAAACUGAAAAUUAGGUUUGGAACUCUCUUUCCUAUUGGUCUAUUAACUAUUUUAACGCAUGGUGAUGUCACCAUGGAAGGCCAAAACUCCAUCCCACCAAAACAGGCUGAAAUUUCAGGCAGCCAUUUCAAACAGCUCUUACACUAUAAGGGCAUUAUCAUAAUUCUUACGAAUUCACAGUAUUAUUCCAACCUCAUAGUGUGGAAAUAUAUAUAAAACACAGACAAAUCUCAUUUUUGACUGCACUGGGCCUUUAAAACGUAUGGCAUAUGGAGAUGCACUUGUUUUAUAUACAGUACUAUUCUGCAUGGAUACCUUUGUAUCGUUUUUCAGAUAUGUCUAUCGUAUAUAAAGACUACUCACAUCACACGCACACACAUUUAUAGCCUUCUGUGACUUUUGUACUACUAUUUAAUGGUUGUUGUUUCUGUUGUUCAAUGUCAGUGUAUUGUUCAGUGAAUCAUUCUGGGCCAGUUGCCAUAGAUACUGUCCAUUAAUUAAGUGUCUGUGUGUACACAUGGGACUAAAAUGAAUGUAAUUGGUUAUUUUUGCCUCGUGCAAAUGGAAGGAGAAGAGUGAGACACAACUACAGCAACCAGUUGUGCUGUAUGAUCCAUUUAAAUAGUGGUAUUUUUAAGCUAGAAAUAAUAGAGAAGUGGAAAAACAGAGAUGGUAGCAUACACUUUGAUUGUGUUUUGAAGACAUCUAUUUUUUUUUAAAAGACGUUUAUUACAGUCAAUUCCCUUAAAUAGACCCAGGUGAGAACUGACAGGAGAGAAAAAGUGUCAGAGGAAUGUAGCUAGCAGUCUGCCAGAUAUUAUGUUUUGUUCAGAUGGAUACUUUAAGUUAUGCAGUUUAAUCUUGUACUUUGUCAAGAUUCAAGAAUGGAAGCAUUUGUCAGUGGCUUGUGUUUGAAGAAGAGUGUGUGAUAAGUUUAGUUAAUUAUUACGGAUAACAAAAGUAUAAAGAAAAAUAUGUAGCUCCCAGCAUUGAUAUGUCACAUUUUGUGAUCCCUGCACUUGGAUGCAAUGGAUUGUGAAGAAUAGAAAAUCCUCAUUGGAGACUGAAACGACUUCCACAAAAGGAGAUAUUCAAUGUAUCUGUGAAAUUUAAAGACCACUUCCAACUGUUCAAUUAUUUUACAGAAUAAAUAAGAUGAUUGCAACAAAAAGCUGUAAUAUCACAUUGGUGUACAGAAUAUCAAAUAUAAGUGACACGCUCAAUAAACAAAGUAUGUCAUGAAAAACUCUGUUUUAUGUGGAAGUUUUAACAGGCUCUCUCUUGUCUUGAUUGGCCAGAGCUGUUACUAGACCAUUCCCAUUGAACCAGACUGUUAACAGCAGAUAGUUAACCCAAUUUCCCCCCCCCCCCCCUCAUAAGCAGACCUAUUGUUGAGAGGUUUCUGGUACUUCUCCACUUGCUACGAUAACAGCACUUGAACAAGGGUGCCGCAAUUGGGGGACACAGGGGCUUUGAGGGACGGGAGGAUAGCGAGGGAGGGGUCAGCCAUUGUGCAGAGCUGAGCGGGAGAGUUGAUAGAGACACAAAGGUGCCUGCGCGCUUUCGUGGUCAGUACAGUGCCCAAAAGUAUUAGAAAACCUCGGUAAGGCUUGUUGUGGGUAGGCAGACAUGCCUUCACAAUUGUCCUAAGACCAAUUGUCUAAGGUUUAUGAUGGAAUAUUGUAUAAGAGGUUAUUUACGUAGAGCAAUUUGUCUUUUGCGUCUCACAUUUUAUUGUUGAAAAUGCAACCAGACUGUUUAACAAUGUGUCAUUGAUGUAGCGUGCUAGAUAAUGGUUAUCCUUGGAUAUCCUCUUUUUCUCUGCUUCAAAGCAGCAGACAGACAAACAUCAUCUCUAUUGAAUCAACAGUAAAAAGGAUAUUGUUACAGUAUUUGUCUUUAAUAUGUCUUGGAAGGAUUCCUUUCCUCUGAUAGCGGGCUUUUAGAUCCCGUUUCUCCACAUUUGGAAUUCUCUCUCUGGUUGAACAGACAUUUCAUGUUGGAUCUUUUCAGACAGCGACCGACAGUAUAUAGCAUUCUAUUAGUGAUUAGGAGACCGUAAGGUGACGGUAAGAUGGUGAUACACCAAGACGGUAGAGAUUUGAUCCCAGAGCCUUCGGUGGGAGAAGAAAGAGCAUUAGUCUAUUGUUUCAACCAUGACAUUACAGGCCAGUAGGGGGCGCUCUGACCUUUAUAAAACGACUAACACUGCUCAUCUCAGCAAUGGUCCCACUGAAAACCUGACUAUGCUGAUCUCUAGUAGAGUCUUCAUGGUUAUAACUCAAGGUGCCUCACAUUACUGGUUGACACAGAUGUCUAAUGUCAUUCCUUUUCACACAUCACCUAUCUGAUGGAGUCCUACCUCUCAGCGGGCUGUUCAUUUUCUGUCUCAGAGAAUGUGAGUGAAUGUAAGGUAAUGGGAGACAGUGCUUCCUCGAUCCUUUGGAUAUGACGAGGCCUCAGCUCUGCUUCUUGUCUGAGGGUUAUCAGAGGGAUGACACACAUAUCCUCUGGGUUUCUGUAAAGUGGGACUCCAGCAUUCCACGCUCUCUGUUUCCUAUGAUGCUGUUGGCUGAGGAAUGUACAAGAAGUGUUCUCACCAGUGACAUCACUGAAUAAACAACACAUGUGGAUGUAAAGUAAAUGUAAUCCUUUGUGAUGUCUGCUGUACAUAAUUGUUUGGUCUAUCGUCAGAAGCCGGGAAGCCCAAAAUGUUCUGACUGUGGCAUGCAUCUUGGGCAAUUUCUACCAUGGACGUGAUGUCCCUCACACUAAUGCAGUCAGCUAGGACUGUUGAAUGGCAUUAAUGACAUUUGUUCAAAUGCAACCUAAACCUCUACAAAUUGACCUCAUAGAUUGCUCUGUUGUGUGAUAGACCUGUCCCAGGGGCUAAUUGGGCAUGUUGCCACAGUGAUCCAUAAACAUCUUGGGCAAUUCCCAUAACCUGAUUGACAGAGCUGUACUUCCCUGCAAAAUGUAUGUGCAAACUAACUUCAAGACUUUAAAAAAGUACAGUGUUUGAAAUUCUCUGAACAUUACACCCAGUUCAAUUGAUGACAGCUGACCACAGGAGGUUGUGGGUACCUUAAUUGGGGAGAACAAGCUCGUGUCAGUGAGUGGAGUGGAAUGGUAUCAGAUACAUUAAACAUAUUGUUUCCAGGUGUUUGAUGCUAUUCCAUUUGCUCCGUUCUGGAAAUUGUUAUGAGCCGUUCUCCCCUCAGCAGCCUCCUGUGCAGCUGACAUGUCAUCCUUACCCCAUGACUGAGAUUUGCUUUAUCACUUUCUGUCAUCUGUCAUCAUCUCCGGAGAUCAGCCCUGAGCCUUUUUAUAUCGACACUUCACGAGAUGACAGGCAGAAAGGCUUACCCUGUUACACAUGCAAGCCGUUGGCUACAGUAUAUUGUGACGAAUAUGGAUGGGAAGAUGGGAUGGGGAAGAGAGGGAGGAGAGAAGAAGAGAGGAUGUAUGGGUGUGUUUCCUGCAUGGCCC